CCUUUUUUCGCUGCAAUAUUACCUCUAUAUGGGACUAAUCGAAUCAACCAUUCCCAAGCACCGAUUCACUUUCCUGUAGCCUAUAGUACCAGCUGCUGCACAUGCUUCUCUCGCCAGCUCCUAGUUUCUGAAUCGUCAUCCAGCUCCCAAGUGUCGCCGGAUCCUAGUUUCUGAAUCAUCUUCAUCAACCUGCAAGUAUCUAAAGGCUCCCAGUUUCUGAAUCAUCGUCAUCAAGCUGCAAGUAUCUGAAGAACCCCUCGUCAACUCCGUUAAGGCCAUGCUGCCCUCCAAUUUGUGCGACAAGCCAGGCUUGCCAUCUCUGUCCACAAAGUCGUUCCUGCGCUCCUUCUAGAGCUGCCGAUGCUUCUGCCGCCAGUUCUUGACAUGCUCCUGUGGCUCCUCCUCGCAUCCGCGCUACUCGGCGCGGCCAGCAGCGCGUUCGUCCCGGCGGACAACUACCUCGUACUCUGCGGCACGUCGGCGAGCGUGACCGUCGCCGGACGGACGUUCGCCGGGGACGGCCAGCUGCCCGCCAGGUCGCUGACCGCGCCGCAGAGCGUCGAGGCCAACUACACGUCGCCGACCACGGUCGCCGGGGCCGAUGACCCGGCGCUGUACCGCUCCGCGCGCAUCUUCACGGCGCCGGCUUCCUACACGUUCGCACUCAAACAGCCUGGCCGGCACUUUGUGCGCCUCCACUUCUUCCCCUUCAGAUACCAGUCCUACGACGUGGCCACGGACGCCGCGUUCAGGGUGACCGUGCAGGGCGUGGUCCUGCUGGACGGGUACACACCCAAGAACGGCACGGCCGUGGUCAGGGAGUUCUCGCUGAACGUCACCGGCGGCACCCUGGUGAUCGCGUUCACGCCGACAGGCAAGCUCGCCUUCGUGAACGCCAUCGAGGUUGUGUCGCUCCCGGACGACCUCAUCGUCGACACAGCGAAGAUCGUGGGCAGGGCUGUCCAGUACGCCGGGCUGUCGACGCAGGCGCUGGAGACGGUCCACAGGAUCAACAUGGGCGUUCCCAAGAUCACGCCUGCCAGCGACACCCUCUGGAGGACGUGGCUGCCGGACCAGAGCUUCCAGCUCGACUCCACCUUGACCGAGCAUAGAAACGCGACGCCCUCCAAGGUCCAGUACAAGCCAGCGCUCGCCACCAAGGACACGGCACCACCGGAGGUCUACGCCACGGCGACGGAGUUGAGCACGUCGGGGGAACCCAGCACCAUCAACGCGCAGUUCAACAUGACCUGGAGGUUCAACGCCCCGACCGGAUCGGACUACCUGCUCCGCCUCCACUUCUGCGACAUCGUCAGCAAGACGGGCACCGGGGUGGCCUUCAACGUCUUCGUCGGCACGUGGCAGGUGCUCGAGAACUACGAGAUUUCGGUGGACACGAUCAACACGCUCGCCGUUCCGGUGUACAAGGAUUUCGUCCUGGGCGCCAAGGACGCGACGGGAUUGAUCACCGUCAGCAUCGGCCCGUCCACCCUAGGCAAUGCCUUCCCUGAUGGCUUCCUCAACGGCCUCGAGAUCAUGAGAAUGGUCGGGAGCACUGGCGCCGUCGCGGGCGCUGCCGAUGCGUCCACGCGCAGUUCAAAGGUGAAAAUUGGGAUCAUAGCCGCCUCGGCCGUCGGCGGGGUCACGUUGGCAAUGGCACUCGGGUUCAUCGCCCUCAGGAUGCUGCGUAGGAGGAAGCAGGGGAAGAAGAAGCCGUCGGACACCUGGUCGCCGUUCUCGGCGAGCGCGCUGGGCUCCCACUCGCGCUCUCGCAGCUUCUCCUCCAAGAGCAACGGCGGCAACAUGGUCAUCCUCGGGCAGAACGGCGCCAGCGCCGCGUACAGGAUCCCCUUCGCGGUGCUCCAGGAGGCAACAGGCGGGUUCGACGAGGGGAUGGUCAUUGGCGAGGGCGGGUUCGGCAAGGUGUACAAGGGCAACAUGCCAGACAACACCAUGGUGGCCAUCAAGAGGGGCAACCGGCGGAAUCAGCAGGGGAUACACGAGUUCCACACGGAGAUCGAGAUGCUCUCCCGGCUGCGCCACCGGCACCUCGUCUCGCUCAUCGGCUACUGCGACGACCGCGGCGAGAUGAUCCUCGUGUACGAGUACAUGGCCAUGGGCACGCUCCGGAGCCAUCUCUACGGCGCCGACCAGCACGACCUCCCUCCCCUGUCCUGGAAACAGAGGCUGGAGGCCUGCAUCGGCGCCGCCCGGGGGCUGCACUACCUCCACACCGGCUCCGCCAAGGCCAUCAUCCACCGGGACGUCAAGUCCGCCAACAUCCUCCUCGAUGACACUCUCAUGGCCAAGGUCGCCGACUUCGGGCUGUCCAAGAACGGGCCAGAGCUGGACAAGACGCAUGUCAGCACCAAGGUCAAGGGCAGCUUCGGCUACCUCGACCCGGAGUACUUCCGCCGCCAGAUGCUCACGGACAAGUCCGACGUCUACUCCUUCGGCGUCGUCCUGCUCGAGGUGCUCUGCGCCCGCACCGUCAUUGACCCCACGCUACCGCGCGAGAUGGUGUCUCUCGCGGAGUGGGCGACACAGCAGCUCAAGAACGGGAACCUCGACCAGAUCGUCGACCCAAGGAUCGCCGCGAUGGUACGGCCGGAGUCGCUCAAGAAGUUCGCCGACACGGCCGAGAAGUGCCUCGCCGAGUACGGCGUCGAGCGGCCCGCCAUGGGGGACGUGCUAUGGAGCCUCGAGUUCGCGCUGCAGCUCCAAGUAGGGUCAUCGCCGGACGGAUCGGACACGGAAACGCCCCUAGUGCCCCGGAGUACAACACCCCAGGUCCAGCGUAGCCAGUCCAUCGCUAGCGUCGCCACUGACGAUGCCAUGACCACUAACCUGGGUGAUCUCGAAGGAAUGUCCUUCAGCGGAGUAUUCUCCAAGAUGAUCAAGAGCGAUGAGGUCAGGUGAAGCCAAAAAUAAUAUACUCUCUUCCCCUGUUGUACAGACCGAAGUGUCACAUGUAUAUGAAUUUUGAUUCCGCAGUGUGUACAUGACAAACCAUGUAAAUAAAUUCUUUAGCGUAGAAGUUAUACCAAACAGAAAACUUAGGCCAACAAUAGUGAAAACUUAGGAAAGUAAAGUGGGCUUUUUUUUUUCAUUUCUUCUUCGGGAAUGUAUCAAUUACUAUGUACUGAAUGCAUGUAUUGGAUGAAAAGUAGUAGGCAACAUAAGAUUGAGGUUA